AGAGCUGCAAGCAGCGGCAAGGAUGAGGAAGGAGUCGGUUGUAUGAGAGCGAGCGAGGGAGCGGAGAGAGAGCGUGAGAGUGAACGCGAGCGAGAGGGCAAGCCAGAGUGAGAAGGUGGUGUCUGAAGCCGCGGGGAAGAAUGACUUUGGAGUCCAUCAUGGCGUGCUGCCUGAGCGAGGAAGCCAAGGAAGCCCGGCGCAUCAACGACGAGAUCGAGCGGCAGCUCCGCAGGGACAAGCGGGAUGCGCGCCGGGAGCUCAAGCUGCUGCUGCUCGGAACAGGAGAAAGUGGCAAAAGCACAUUCAUCAAGCAAAUGAGGAUCAUCCAUGGAUCAGGCUAUUCCGAUGAAGAUAAAAGGGGCUUCACAAAAUUGGUGUAUCAGAACAUAUUUACAGCCAUGCAGGCCAUGAUCAGAGCCAUGGAUACACUCAAAAUCCCAUACAAGUUUGAACACAAUAAGGCCCAGGCUCAGUUGGUUCGGGAAGUUGAUGUAGAGAAGGUGUCCGCUUUCGAGAACACCUAUGUGGAAGCAAUAAAGAGUUUAUGGAAUGAUCCUGGAAUCCAAGAGUGUUAUGACAGACGACGAGAAUAUCAGCUUUCAGAUUCAACCAAAUACUAUCUUAAUGACCUGGACCGUGUAGCAGAUCCUACCUAUCUGCCUACUCAACAAGAUGUCCUCAGAGUUCGAGUGCCCACCACAGGGAUCAUUGAGUAUCCAUUUGACUUACAAAGUGUCAUUUUCAGAAUGGUGGAUGUAGGGGGCCAACGAUCAGAAAGGAGAAAAUGGAUACACUGCUUUGAAAAUGUCACCUCCAUUAUGUUUCUCGUAGCCCUUAGCGAAUACGAUCAAGUGCUCGUGGAGUCGGACAAUGAGAAUCGAAUGGAGGAAAGCAAAGCGCUGUUUAGGACAAUUAUCACAUAUCCCUGGUUCCAGAACUCUUCAGUGAUUCUGUUCUUAAACAAGAAGGAUCUUCUAGAGGAGAAAAUUAUGUACUCCCAUCUAGUUGAUUAUUUCCCAGAAUACGAUGGUCCCCAGAGGGAUGCACAAGCUGCCCGAGAAUUCAUCCUGAAGAUGUUCGUCGACCUGAAUCCAGACAGUGACAAAAUCAUCUACUCCCACUUCACAUGCGCCACAGAUACUGAAAACAUCCGCUUCGUCUUUGCAGCUGUCAAGGACACCAUCCUUCAGUUAAAUCUGAAGGAGUACAACCUGGUCUAAUCAUGUUGAGGGAGACCCACCCUGCCCCACCCUGUCGGGCGAUUGAAGACUUACAAGAGGGACUGUAUUAUCUGUGAAAACAAUUUGCAUAAUACUAAUUUAUUGCCGUCCUGGGCUCUGUGUGAGUUUGUCCACAGGGCUUGUAGUAAAUAUUUUGAUUUUAUUUAAACUAUAUGGAGGAAAAACAAAAGAUGCUGAAAUACAUUCACAGCACAUUUCCUCAUUUUUUUGAGGCAAAACCUUGUGGCACAAUGUGUUUUCAAUUUUCAGUCGUGCACUCCCAAAGAUUUGGGGGGUUUUGCCGUUGAGGCAAAAUGAAGCUGGUUUCUCCUUUUCCUGACCCUCUCUUUCCUCUUGAGUUUUCAGAGGUUGCAAUAGUCUUCUUUUUCCAAGUUGCAUUCCUCAGCAAAUGGUUUUCCUCUUGAGUGAUACAAUCAGGAAAAUGGCACUAGAUUUAAGCCAUCAUCAGUCAACCUAAUUCCACAGUAUGUACUUUUUCCCAAAGAAUCAAAAGUAUCCAUACUGUGAUUUUUUUUUUAAAGAAGUCAUUGGCCCAGUUUAAAAUACGCCUGGUUUUUGAUACUGUCUUUCUCACACUGGCUAGGCCAUUGAAUGCUCAUCAAACAACGAAGUGGCAUUUCUUUAGAAUUUUCCCUUCAGCCGUAACUUGGCGACUAAGAGAAAUGCACAGAAGACAGUAACACAAUUGCAAAAGACCUGAAAGGGUGACCUUACAUUGAAAUGCCAUGUGCCAUUUUAUAUCUGUCUAUCUUUCUACAUACAUAUAGAUAGAUACACACACACACACACACACACACACACACACACACAUAUUUUAAUUGCAGAUGCCAAACAAAAAUGUCAACAGACACUACAUUCCCCAAUGGCUGCAGCCUGGAACCUUGUUCUCUCCCCCUCAAUCCUUUUCUUGUUAUAAUUUAGGGUUUUAUCCAUAAUUUUAAAAUGAUUUUUAUGUGGUAAAGAACAUUUAUGUUUGCCAAAUUGGCUGUCAAUUACAAAAAAGAAAAGAAAAAAAUGGAAACUGAUUUCGUAAAAUAUAAGAUUCUGUGGAAAUUGAAAAGCCCAAACUGACAGAUUGGGACUCAGCCUGAGUAAACAACUGCCAAAUAAUAAGUAGAGUCAAGGAUUCAAGCCACCACCGGUUAACGUGGCUCCCUUUUCUCUUUCCCCUUCAGGAAGUGUUCCAUUUUCAAAGCCAAAACCCAGCAGCAAGAGUGAAUGUGCUGUUAGGUGCAUGGGGACAUCUGCUCAUAGUUUUCUGACUUAAAUACGGUUUAACUCUACCCUAGUAAUUUCCAAGGUGGAGUGAGACUGCAGAGGACAUUUUUUGUAGUAUUGUAAUGACACCUUUUAGUUGAAGGAUAUAAAGUUACUGAUGACACCACAUUCAGGAACCUUUCUUGAUAUGGUUACUUGUUAAAGAAUUUGAGGAGGAUUAAUGGACUUAACUUUAAAGUAGCCUCACAGUGUUCUAUUGAAGAUUUAUUUAUGUAAUUGAGCCUGUUAAAAGAAAACUUUGGAACUCUAAUUAAUGUGCAGUUUUUUUUAACAAAUUAAAAAAAGGCACAUGAAUUGAUGAGCCUCUACUAAGCAGCUUGGCUAGAAAGAUGAUUUUUAAAAAAAGGCUAUCUCGUGAUUGUUAGCAAGCUAUAGGCAAGUCAGAGUUCAGCCACAACUCUGGUCUGAUUAACUGCCACACUGCUUUGGCACCAGAGUGAACUUGUGUAGAAAUUGCUGUUGGAGCAGUAAAGGGAGAGGGAAAAUUUAUUGGCUUAUUAGUUAAGUACCAAAGUUAAUAAGUAUAAAUGUAAUGAUAUCAUCUUUAACUCUCCCAGCCUAAAACAACGAAAGCUAUAUUUUUGCUCCCUCAGAAAACACCUGUAAUUUAAAGUAAAAACAACAACAACAACAAAAUACUGGUUGUAGGUAUAGUGCAAUUAUGAAUGCUAUAAUCAUUGUACAUACAUCUCUCUAUAUAUAUGGCAGCAUCCAUAUUGGCUUUGUAAUCAUUAAUUUUUUGGCAGAUUGAAUGUGCUGUAUUGAUAUGUACCUAUGUAAUUGUAUUGUAUGUCUUAGCUAAUUCACAUUUUGAAUAAUGUUAUUUUAUUUACUUUUUUAAGAGAGGAGAAUGUAAAUUUUGUCAGUUUAUUUUUGACUGGGGAUAUUUCUUUCCAUUUAGAAAGGAAGAAAAAAAAACCUUACUAUCAUACAGAGCGGUACUAGCAUCGUGCUGUACAAGAUCAUUUGCACAUUCCUGAGAAGAGGUAUACUGAUAAAAAAGUCCCAGAGGCAAUUUCACAGUAAAAUGCAUAGGUUCAAAGCUUUUAUACAAAUAUGGAAACCACCUUUGUAGAACUUUUGCCAUAUGAUGUGGAGUUGGAAUUUGGGCUUUUAUAUCCAUUGAAAUCUUAUUUGGCCACUGCCCAAUUUCGUAUUACCUCUCUGGUGGUCUCUAUUGAAGGUGGUUUGAAAAGCUAUCCUGAUUCAUUAAAGAAAUGCCUUAAUGGCUCUACACCACUGCUUCCCCAAAAGUAUGACGUUAAAUUUGGGGCAUUGAAAAAUUGAAACAGUAUCUGUAGGCUUUCAGAUACUUUCUGUAUAAAAAUCAAUCCUCAUCACAAGUGUUACAAUUCUAGGGAAUUGAGUUAGUCUAUUUAAUAAAGCUAUAGUAGAUGUAGAGCAUUAAGAAACCCCAAAGUUCUAAGAUGGAAAGCUUGCUCUAUUUGGCACUAUCAAACCAGAACGGAUUUUGCUCCGCCCAGUUGAAGUUGGGGCUUCACUGUUCAUCCUAGGGUGCAUGAUAACAGCCCUUCUCUUCAGAAGGGAAUAAAUGGAUCACCCUAGCUGCAGUGCUAGAAAUGGAACUGUGUCCAAAAGAGUCAACUGAAUCUAAAGGAUUUUUUCUUGGUUGGUUUGUUUUGUUUUGUUUUGA